GCUUAUCCUACUGCUUAAUUACUUACCUUCUUUGAGACUAUUUUCACACAAGAGACGUGCAUCAAUAUCACUAAAAGGCCUGUUCUACCAGUUUCCAUAAAUUCAUUUUCCAAGUAUAGCAGGUGCCUCAGUAGUUCCCUGGAAACCACCCAACUGCUGAGCCCUCUGCUCAUAAACACUUGUUUUCCCUUGAACAUCUCAAAAUCACCAGACUCUCAUAAUAUCAUCAACAAGAAGUUUUGCUUAAACUGAUCUCUGAAAAUAUUCUUAUAACCUAAGCAGGUGGCUCAGCAGUUCCCUCAUUACCACCCAACUGCCGAAACCACUGCUCCAGUAAAACUUUGCUUUACUCCUACUAGAGCACCUCUUCAGACAACCCUCAUUUGAACUAAAGAUCCAAAACCACUUUGGUUCCCAAACACUUUCUAAAUAUGGACAGUCAGCUAGCAAAGAAUCUUUUGUUCAACCUGAACAAAUUUGAUGACUGGAAGAUAAGGAUGAAGGCACAUCUUAGUGCUUUACAUGAUGAAAUGCUUGAAGUAAUUACUGUUGGACCUAUCAGAAUAAUGACGGUCAUCACAUCUAAAGAUGAUGACCAGGAGGAUGUGUACAUUCCUAAACCAAAAUUGGAAUGGACAACUGAGGACAGGAAGAGGAAUAAUCUUGUCAACAUUGCCAAAGAUAUUCUCUUUAAAUCUGUUGAUGAAUCCAUAUUUCCCAGAAUCAGGAAAUGUGAAACUGCAAAGGAUGUAUGGGAUGAGCUCACAAAGAUCGGAGCUGGUGAUGAACAAGACAAGGAUAACAAACUGACCAUAACCCUUAAGAAAUUUGAGGACUUCAAAAUGUUGUCUAAUGAGUCUAUUCAUGAGAUGGAAUCCAGGUUCCUAAAGAUCAUAGCAGAGGUGUCAGACCUAGGGAAAGAUCUAUCCCAAAACGAGAUUUCCCUCAAGAUCUUAAGAGGCCUGCCCUCAAAAUGGGACAUGAAGGUGACUGCUAUGAGAGAUAGCAGGGAUCUAAGAACCUUGUCAACUGACAAUCUCUUUAGUGACCUAAAGGCAUAUGAAUUUGAGAUGAAGGAGAUGAAAGAUGAAAGAGAGGAUGAAUCCAAGACACUAGCCUUAGUGUCUGAGCCAAGCACAUCAAGAUCCAGUGAAAAUUCCUCAACAAUCUCCUCACUGACGAGCAGUUUGCUAUGUUUGUGAGGAAGUUUAAAAGUUUUAUGAAGAAGGAGGGAUCUGUUCCAAAGAAGCCAUAAAACAUGUCACCCAGGAGACAAGGAAAACCUCAAUCCAGUGAGGACACUGUCCUGUGCUACAACUGUAGACAGCCAGGACAUUACCAAAAUGAAUGCCCUCUGCCACUGGCACAAAAGUACCAAGGGCAGCAGGGAACUGCUCAAAAAGCUGGAUACAAGAAGGACUUCAAAGGAAAGACACAAGCCUUUGUAAGUGAAAAGAGUAAGGAAGAAUCCCGAAGUGAUGAGGAGAGCAUCUCAAGUGAUGAAAGAUCCUCAUCUGAAAGCUUAGAAGAAGCACUUCUCUGCCUGGGAUCCUGGCAGGUGGCUGAAGAAAACGGCAGUCGACUCACUGAAGAGAGCAACAGGUGGCUCAAUGAGCCUUCCACCAGUGGAAGAAAAGAUGAUGAAAGCUUCUCCCCCAUUUGCUUGAUGGCCAAGGACCACUACAACGAUGUUGAGGUAACAUCCUGCUCUUCCUAUAGCCCUAUUGAUUCUGGACCAAACAAUAUCACACUGGAAUCUUUGUUACAAGACUUCCAAAAAGUCCAAAAUCACCAUGUUCUCUUAAAAGCUGAAAAUGAUAGACUGAAACAAGACAUUAAGGCCAUUCAUGCUAAAUUACUAGAUGCCUUAAGCAAAAAUGAUGUCUUAGAAAAGGAGAACAAAGAGCUGAAAAACUCCAGCACGGAUAGUAAAAACUUUCACCCUACUGCUGAAGUUAUUCUAAAUAGGAAGAGAAGAGGUCUUGGUUACUCAUCCCCCACUAGACUCACUCAAAACUGUACAUCUACAAGCCAUCAACCAAACACAAGAAAGCUAUUCUACCAAAAAAUCCAUUCCCCAAAUGUUCCCGCAAGAAGGAACCAACCUGCUCCCAAACCAAAAUCCAAACUCCUAUAUAAAUCAACACCUCAUAACCAUCAAAACACAAGAACCCGUUGGCAACCAACCAAUAAGACCAACCACAGCCAAAAUACCAAGCAGACCCCUCAAACCAAUAAUCCAUUUCCCACAUCAAGAAGGAAAGGGAUUAAUAAAUACAUAGCCAUCCCCUAUGAUUACAACACCUCAAAUGGCUAUAGACCAAACUGUUUAGAGAUUAAUGGUUCUAGAUGGACAUGGAUGCCUAAACUUAUACAAGGGAAGUCGCCCACUAACUUGUGGGCUACUGCUCAACACUGAUCUAUACAGGAAGGUGCUGGAGCAGUUGAAACACAAACGUGGUACAUAGAUUCAGGCUGCUCCAGGCACAUGAUGGGCAGCAGGCGGCUCCUGUCAAACUAUACAGCAAGGGAAGGACCCAAAGUGACAUUUGGGAAUGUGGAAAAACAAGGAGAAACCAAAGGAGCUGGAGAUCUAUCAAUCAAUGGACUUACAAUCCAAAACAUAUCCUAUGUUAAGGGUUUAAAGUUCAAUCUCAUAAGCACAAGCCAGCUCUGUGACAAUGGCUAUAAUGUUACAUUCUCCAAAGACAUCUGCUUGAUUAGAGAUGUCAAAAAUGACAAAAUUGUGCUCUCUGGAAGAAGAAGGAAGGACAUGUAUGUGGUUGAUUGGAGCUCAGCUAAGAAAGGAAUCUGCUUGGUGACAAAGGCAGAUUCAAACUUGAGUUGGGAAUGGCACAACAAACUAAGCCAUCUCAACUUCAAAACAAUCAACAAACCGUCCAGAAAAGGACUGGUGAAAGGACUCCCUGAAAUCAACUUCAAAAAGGACCAUCUAUGUGAUGCUUUCCAAAAAGGAAAACAAACCAAGGUAUCAUUCAAAUCAAAGGAAGUGGAAUCAUCAACUAGGCCUUUAAACCUACUACACCUUGACUUGUUUGGACCAGUUGAACCAACAAGCUUGAGUGGUAGAACGUACACCCUGAUUGUAGUUGAUGAUUAUUCUAGAUACACUUGGACCAUAUUCUUAAAGAAGAAGAAUGAAACAGAGAAGAAACUCCCUGAAUUGAUGAAAUUAAUUCAAAAUGAGAAAAGUCUCUCAAUCCAGAAGAUCCGGUCAGAUAGAGGUACUGAAUUCCUCAACUCCAUCAUAAUUCAGUACUGUGAAGAAAAUGGAAUCCAUCAUCAAACCUCAGCAGCAAGAACACCUCAACAAAAUGGUGUUGCUGAAAGAAGGAAUAGGACACUCAAGGAAGAUGGAAGGACAAUUCUAGAAUCAGUUGGAUUACCCAAAAGAUUUUGGGCAGAAGCAAUCAACACGGUUUGCUACACUCAAAAUAGAAGUCUUAUUCAUAAGACUCACAAAAAGACAUCAUAUGAGUUAUGGAAAGAAAGGAAGCCAAAUGUUAGUCAUUUCCAUGUGUUUGGAUCCAAAUGCUUUAUCCUAAACAAUGGAAAGGACUAUCUCAAGCCAUUUGAUCCCAAAUCUGAUGAAGGGAUCUUCCUGGGCUACUCAACAACAAGCAAGGCAUUCCAGAUCCUCAAUAAAAGAACUCUGGUGGUAGAAGAAUCAAUCCAUGUGGUUUUUGAAAACCACCCCACUGCUCAAUUAAAAGAUGAAGGUGAGUCAUCUAAAUCAAAGGACACUGGAAAGGCUCCAAGCUGCCUUCCAAAUAAUAAUGUUCAAAGAGGUGGAAAGAUAGUUGACACAAACGGAAGCCCACUGCCAGUAGUUGACUCAAACGACAGCCCACUGCCAGCGGUUGACUCAAACGGUAGCCCACUGCCAGCAGUUGACUCAACUGUCAGCCCACUGCCAGUAGGUGACUCACCAAAAGACAACCUUCCAGGCACUCAUGACAUUCCUAAUCAUCCUAUUCUACCAGAGGAUAGUGAAGAAGAAGAAGGGGAGGAUGACCAACAAAUUCUAACCAAAACAACCACAUCUGACAUUAGAUGGUUGAAUAAACAUCCUCAUCACCAAAUAAUUGGAGACAUCAAUACAGGGGUUCGUACCAGAUCAGCAAUUCAGAGAGAAGCACUAUUCUCAUGCUUCAUCUCCCAAAUUGAACCCAAGAAAAUCGAAGAAGUCCUACUUGACUCUGACUGGAUACAAGCUAUGCAAGAGGAACUCAACCAGUUUGAGAGAAACAAUGUUUGGGAGCUUGUGUCCAGACCCUAUCAUCAACAUGUGAUAGGAACUAAAUGGGUAUUCAGAAAUAAAAUGGAUGAGGAAGGCACCAUUAUCAAGAAUAAGGCAAGGUAUGUAGCCAAAGGCUACUCCCAGGAAGAAGGUAUAGAUUUUGAUGAAACCUUUGCUCCUGUUGCCAAAUUAGAAGCAAUAAGAAUAUUCUUGGCUUAUGCUGCACAUAAGCAAUUCACAAUCUGUCAAAUGGAUGUGAAGAGUGUCUUCCUAAAUGGUCUACUAGAAGAGGAGGUCUAUGUGGAGCAACCUCCUGGUUUUCAAAUCAAUAGAGAGAAGGGUCAAGUCUACAAAUUACACAAGGCUCUUUAGGACUCAAGCAAGCCCCAAGAGCAUGGUAUGACACUCUCUCUGAAUAUUUAGUGAAUAAUGGGUUCACUAAAGGAAAAGUAGACAAGACUCUAUUUAAAAUAGAAGAAGGUCCCCACAUACUGCUUGUUCAAAUCUAUGUUGAUGACAUAAUUUUUAGAAGCUCAAAUCAAGCAUUAUGUGAAAAAUUUUCAACUCUCAUGCAAUGCAAAUUUGAAAUGAGCAUGAUGGGAGAGUUGAACUAUUUUCUGGGACUACAAGUGAAGCAGACUCCUCAAGGUAUCUUCACCAACCAAGCCAAAUAUACAAGAGAUAUCAUGAAAAAGUUCAAGGUUGAGAACAAGUCUACGGUCAAGAUACCCAUGAAUACAUCACAAGGUCUAAGUCAAGAUGAAGAUGGCAAAGAUGUUGAUCCUACACUUUAUAGUGGUUUGAUUGGUUCCUUAUUAUAUCUCACCACGAGUAGGCCAGAUAUAUCCUACUCAGUUGGUGUAUGUGCAAGAUUCCAAUCUAAACCUAAGGAAAGCCAUCUUCUAACUGCAAAGAAAAUAUUGAGGUAUCUAAAAGGUAAUCCUAACUCUGGAUUAUGGUACCCAACAAAUGGAGGUUUUGAACUCUAUGGCUAUUCAGACUCAGACUUUGUCGGAUGCAAAAUUGAUAGAAAAAGUACCUCAGGUACUUGUCAAUUGAUUGGUGGAAGACUUGUCUCUUAGUUCAGCAAGAAACAAAACUCAAUUGCUACUAUCAUUGCCGAAGCUGAAUAUAUAGCCGCAGGCAGCUGCUGUGCUCAAAUACUAUGGAUGAAACAACAAUUGAAGGAUUAUGGAGAAUAAACAAAGGAGAUUAGCAUACUGUGUGAUAACACAAGUGCUAUAGCUAUCACUCAUAAUCCAGUUUUUCACUCAAGAACCAAGCAUAUUGAGAUCAGACAUCACUUUAUUAGAGAACAUGUUGAGAAGAAAACCAUUAAGCUCGAGUACAUCUCCACAGAAAAGCAGUUGGCUGACAUCUUCACCAAGCCAUUGAAUGAAGCUAGAUUCAACCAACUAAGGCAAGAGCUUGGAAUGAUAGAUGAACUAGAUCAAGUGAAGGAAUAACCCUGCACCUAUUCAGGGGGAACUUGAUUACAAAAACAAGGGGGAAUUUCUAGCCACCUGCUGAGGGGGAACUGUUAUACUCAAGAGUAGCCACCUGCCAAAGGUAAGCUACUUAAAACCACACGGAAUGAAGCAUACAGGUCCAUAAAAGUCACUACUAUACUUUCAAGUCAAAAUUCGAGUAGUUGGCUCAGCAGGUGACUGCGCACUAGCAGCAGUGGGCUCAGCAGGUGACUACUAACCAGCCCACUGCUACCCAAUCAAAGAGAGGAACUUUCACCAAUACUUUCAUAGAAGAAUUAAACACGGACUAGAAAGAGAAGGAAAGCUAAUGGAGGUAAAGACGCUGGUUCAAAAAUUCGCGCAGGUGACUGCCUCAGGAGCAGGUCACUGCUUUAGGCCAGCAGUUAGCUCAAUUUCUGACAAAUGUACAUGGAAUCUCAACACAUGGAUUAUAUCAUCUUGAUCACCUCAUAUCAAGGAUUCCAAAAAGGUACCUCUUGUUCUCAGAAAUCAUCAAAAAUCUACUCAAAAAUGAGCCCCCUGUUACCAGUAUGAAUGCAGUUAAUGCUAAAAGGAACCAGCCGUAUUCUCCAACGGCUAUAUUCCAACGGCUAGUUCUCGAUAGCCUAUAAAUACUCCCUCCGUACAAAUCCUUCACACUUUCACUUUGCAAUCUCUCUCUUGUCAAUUCUAAAGCUCUCAAACUCUCUCUUAACACUCUCAAAAGCCUUCUUCCGCACUACCUUUAAUUCCUCACAUACACACAAUCUCCACACACAAAUGGCCUUACUCAUCCAAAUUUCCAAAUCCAUUUUUACUGGCUCCAUCCUAAACACUUCCAAAGCACUUGAGAGAGCAAACAAAACUGAUCUUAUGAGGGAGCUCCUAAGGAAGCUCGAUACAACAGAGCUCUUGAAAAUGGCCACUUACACAUACUCCCACUUCUAUCCCGAAGUAGUAGUAGAGUUCUACCUCAACUCAACCCCAGAGACUUUGAAAUCAGUAGUUCUGGGAAUUAAGGUAGAGAUACAAGAAGAAGAUAUCAGGGAAAUGCUCUCUCUUCCUAGUAAAGAAGCCCCAAAUGUAGAAGACCUCAUCCUUGAUGAGGCAGAUUUCAAAGAAAAGGUCUUCCUGCCAAGGGCUCAAAACCUACACACUCUCAAGAUAAAGAAAAAGCUGAUGGUUCAAGAAUAUGAUGUCCUCCUGGACAUUCUCUACAAGUGUAUUGACACAAGAACUACAACACUUGACGAGAUCAACGCACAAAGAGCAAAACCACUGGCCGUAAUAAUCUCAGGGUCCCCAUAGAAUUGGACCAAGUACGUAUACCAUGAGCUAAGAAGGUAUGUAGAUAAAUCACACACAGGAAGAAAGGAGGAUGGUACUCUGCCGUUACUAGGGUACGGGUUUCUCAUUGGAGAACUACUCAAGAAAAAAGGGAUACUGGGGGCAACAAAGGAAGCAACAAAUUGGAGGAAGUUCCUAUUCCAAACCUCCAAGGCAGGAGCCCCAGAAAUCCCAAUGAUAGUUGACUCUUUCAUCUCCAACGAGCCUCUCCAAAUCACUUUUGACAAGAUCAAAACAAAGACUGCCAAAAGAAUCAGAUCAGGUUGUCAGGCAGCCAAAUCAAAGAAGUCAAGGACAGAAACAAGGAAUCUACAAGCCGAAAUGGAAGAGGCAACAUCAUUUUUUCACCCCAGUCAAGAAGAAGUAGUGGCCUCCCUUCUUGCCUUGAUUAACGAAGAAGCAGUGGCCUCACCUCUCGCCAUUAUCAAUGAAGAAGCAGAGUCCUCCAACUCCUCCUAUGCCAGCAACAGCUCUACCGUCCCCCUCUCAAUACUCAUCCCCAGGCUGACACGCCAAACAGAGCAGGUGGCUCAAGAAACUAAGCUGGCGGCUUGUCAAGAAGAGUAGGGGGCUCCCCUAGACGAGCAGGCGGCUCCCCUUGAGAGCGAACAAGUAGUUCAUAAAAACGAGCAGGGGCCUCAAUCACCAGCAGUGGCCUCACCUGUCCUGACUCCUCUAGAGCAAUUAGAUGCAGAAUUUGCCAGAGUCAAGGCAUGGAGAUCAUGGAAGCUCUCAAGAAUCCUUCAUCAAGCAAAAACCUUCUCACACUUCAUUGAAGAAGAAGAUUUUGUAGUAGACUGGCUUCAAACUCAAGACAUGGCAAAGGCUACAAGACUUCAUAAAAUUAAUCAAGUCUACAGCAUCAAGAAGAAGGAGCUUACUACCAAAGACACAAUGGAUGACUCCAGUGAUAGUGAUGAUGAUGAUGAACCCAGGGGUCCUCCCAGCUCAAAAGGUAAGAACAUCAUUCAUUCCUCCUCCUCUAGUGAUAAAGAAACCAUGAGGGUCAUGGAGAAAUCAAGAAUGGAAACCCAAGGAGGAGGAGAGUCCUCUAAGGCUCCUCAAGGGCAGUUGGCUGCCACCUUAGAGCAGGGGACUCAACUGCUAGAUCUCAACCUGGAGCCUCACCAAGAAGAAGUCCCAGAACUACAAGCUACAACUUCAAAUGAGAUUAAGGAGCAAAUUCUCAAUGAUGGAGCCGAAGACACUCCUACACUGGCAGAGGUCCUCAUCAAUGAAAGAAGAGCUACAACCAAAUUCAUCAGCAAUGCUGAAGUCAGGCUGCACAAGAGACUGAUUAAAAUGCAAAGGCAUUUUGACAAGCUACUAGAGGCCAGAUUUGCAGAGGUUCACUGCCACAUCAAAAGCAACCUCAUGAUCCAGCAGGUGUUCAACUCAGAACAAAAGGCCCAACUGAAGAUGCAACUUUCCCAGCAGCCCGCUCAAAUUGAAGACAUUCACAAAGAACUAGCAGCUCAAAGAGAAAAGGACUGGGAGCUUGAACUUCAGAUUCAAACUUACAUCAAGCAACUGCAUGAGCAAGAACGAAUAGGUGCAUCUCUUCCUUCUCUGCCACCCAACCUUGAAAAGGCUCUCCAGAAAAUUCAAGAACAUGAGGCCUACAUCAAGACUCAGCAAGGGCAGUCAGAAGCAGUUCAAAAGGGCCUUCAAGAACUUCAAGCUCUAUGUGUAGAGCUCCAAAAUCAACUUCAAGCAGUCCAGCAACCACAAGCUUCAGCAGAGCCCUCUGCCCAACCAAAAGCAGAGCCCUCUGCCCAGGUACUCUCCAACCCUGCUUUACAAACUAACCUUGAGCAGGCCCUUCACCUGAUUCAUAAUCAUGAAACAUUCAUCCAAAACCUCAAGACCAAAGAGCUUUUGGCCUUCCUUCAACUCUCCCAAAAGGUGGUUACAAAACAAGUAGAACAUUCUGAAGCCACUGCAAAAACUAGAGAAGAUGUUGCUAAGCACCUAACCAGGAUGCACACUGCUACUCAAGAAGUAUUUCUCAAGCAAGGAGGUGAACUACAGAAACUUGGCCAACACAUCCAACCAACAAAUCAAAGUCUACAGAACCUGGAUAGAGUGGUCAAAUAAGAUGUCCAAGUAGAUGUCAUGGAUCUUCGCAAUAUGCUCAAUGCAGUAGCAAUUGAAGUCGGUGACAUGCGUCCAACAAGGAGAAGACAAGUGGAGGUUGACUCUGACCCGGAGAUAGAAGCUCUAUUUCAAGAAAGCCUGACCCCUGCUGAUGCCAAAAAGGGGGAAGCAUCAACACAAGCAGGCCCCUCCUCCAAGCGAUCAAUGGCAGCUAAGAAAGCAACUGAAACAAGAAGGAAAAACGAAAUCUACAAAGAAGAGGCUGAAAUCAGAAGAAGAAAAGCUGGAGAAAAGCCAAAGCUAAGGAGGAAGUCAAGAAGACGUCAGAAGAAGACAAACAAGACUAGGCUAGAUCAUUAGUCCAAAAAUGACUAAAAACUAUUGUACCUUUUGACAUCAUCAAAAAGGGGGAAAUUGUUAGUACCCAAUUUUGAUAGAUUAUGAUGAUGCCACUGUACUCAACACAUGUACAUUGUGUGUCAGUUUUAUUCUUGUAUUAACACUCAAAAAUGUGACAAAAAUAAAUGUACAAUUUUUUAGACUAAUGAAAUACUACCGGGAAAAAUAAAAAUGCAAUAAGGUAAUUUUUAUUUUCCUUAAUAGGAUAUUUUGAUCCUAGCGGUAUAUAUUAUUUAGUCCAAAGAUUAAAUAAAUGUCACAUUUUUAUUACAUACAUUGAAUAUGAAUGAUUGAAGACAAAUCUUGACCGGUAUUUAAUACCGAAUCAAGUACUGGGGGCGGCUGCAUGGGACGCACACAUAGAAGAUACUUCAGCGUCCAAAAUUAUUGAAGACAAAAAAACCGCCGCAUUAAAUACUCCAGCACA